GAUCGAGAUGGGUUCGGGGUCUUUGGGUAAGCCCAAAGUCAUAUGCCUUGAGUAUCAUGCAUGCGAAUGCAAGUAUCGUCAAAUCCUACCCAAGAACCUGUACAGAAAAAGACGGAAUAUUCCUACAAGUGAACUUGAGGGUUCCACUCCCCUUGAGUAAUAGUGAAUCAUUAUCAAUCAUUUUGCUCCCCGUGGUAAGUCUCUAAGCUUGGGACCGUGAACCCGUAUUCCCAUAUCCACGACAAUCAAGCUUCCACUCGCUCUGCUAUAGUAUCUACCAAACAGACCCAGACUCGUAAAAAGCAUCAAUGAGCCCAUCAUGGAGAAACCCCCAGACCCAACCCUCCACCUUCCACGCAUCCUCUGCCUCCACGGCGGCGGCGUCAACGCGCAAGUCUUCCGCCUGCAAAGCCGCGCGCUCAUCAGCCACCUAUCACCCUACUUCCGCCUCUGCUUCGCCGACGGUCCUUUCCUCUCCUCGCCGGGCCCCGGCAUGAUCCCCACGUUCCAAGACCUCGCUCCCUUCCGGCGAUGGCUGCGCUUCCGCCCCGACGACCCCGCCCUCGAGCCCGAGGACAUCGUCGCGGCGAACGACCGCAGCAUGGAGGCCGCGAUGGCGGCUGACGACGCGCUGGGCGCCACGGGCGAGUGGGUCGCGCUGCUGGGCUUCAGCCAGGGCGCCAAGAUGUGCGCGAGCCUGCUGUACCGGCAGCAGCAGCGCGCGGUAGAGCCAGGACAAGAUUACGCGGGGUCGGGCUACCGGUUCGCCGUGAUAUUGGCGGGGCGCGCGCCGCUCGUGUCGCUGGACACGGAGAUUCUCGGGUCGCCGGCGCUGGCGGAGGCGUCCGAGAUCACGACCGCGCCGUUCCAGAGCGUGGCUGGCCCCGAGACCAGGCUGCGGAUACCGACGCUCCAUGUCCAUGGGAUGCGCGACCCGGGUUUGAGUCAGCAUCGGCAGCUGCUGGAGCUGUGGUGCGAGAAGGGGACGACGAGCUUGGUGGAGUGGGAUGGUGAUCACCGUGUCCCGAUCAAGACGAAGGAUGUGGUUAGGGUGGUUGAAGGGAUCAUCGGUCUUGCAAAGCGUACUGGUGUUUUGAGGAUUUGAGGGUUUUGUAGAUUAUGAUUAUGAGGUACUAGGCAAAUUUAGAU